AUGAAAGGCCCGUUAAAUAGUCCCCUAGAUAGUCCUCCAACAAGGUCUUUAUUUGUAUUUACUGAAAAAUCUGUUUUAAACCCUGCUUUAACUCUCAAUUUUCGCAUUUGCAGGCAUACCACCAAUAUCAUGGCAUUUUGUUUUGUGGUGGGUACUGAAGUUGAGAGCUCCGUUGAAGUCGAAAGUCACACAGAAAUGAGUAUUUCAAAACUCAAGGAAAUAAUCUAUGAAAAGAGAAAGAACAAGUUUGAGAACAAAGGUUUUGAUCCCAGCGACCUGUAUCUAUGGAAGGUGAAUAUUCCUGUCACAGAAAACGCUAAACUGAAAACACUUAAAAGCAGAUUUCAUGAUAUAAGUGAUGAAAGUACUAUUAUUGAAGAGCUUGGAGGAGUAAAGUUGACCCCAUUUGAUAAUGUUGGUGACAUUUUUGAAGUAAAUCCUAAGGAAAUAUCUGUUAUGAGUAAUGAGAUUCAGCGGGUCCCUGUGUCAGAAUCAGAGUUCCAAAGGAUGCGCAAGUAUAAUCAAUUAUAUGUUGACAAAACAUUUUGGUUAACUCAGCUUUGGUUAAAUAAUGGUCAUUAUUUCAUAUUAUGGCCUUAA